AUGUCAGCUCAAGGAGGAGGAGGGGGCAAGUCGAGAUGGGGCUCACUUCUUUCGCAGGCCGUCGCCGGCGUCGAAGCCCGCCUCGACACCAUCCUGGCUGAGGAGGAUCAGCCCAAGCCGACCCCGAGCCCUACCCCCUCGCAGCAGUCCAAGCCAAGCACCGCACCGUCGAGAUCCGACUCCACGAGGAGCAAGCCAAACGACAGGCUGCAGGAGAGACUGGCGAGGGCUGUCGCGGCGAAACAGGCUGCAGCCAAAGUGGAAGGGUCGUCAGCGAAGCCCACGCCCACAGCGAGCCCCCGGCAGAGCUUGGAUGUGCCGAAUCGGAGCUCCACAGACAGUGCUGCGCCUGCGUCGUCGGCUCUACAGAGCCCCAAGGCACCCUCGUCACCUCGAGCCUCGCAAGACAACGAGAGGAAGUCGGUCGAGACACCAGAACAGGGAGGGACGGAUACCUUAAGUGCGCCACGUGUAUCACAAGAUGUGGCCAUCUCGGAACCCAGCAAUGGAGUUGCUGCUGAAACGACAGACAUCUCCACGGGGGCCCAGUCACCUGCCGGUGCGGUGGCGGAACUUCAGGAGGACCGCAUCAAGCAGCUAGAAAAGGCCCUGGAGGACCUGGCAGUACAGCAGCAGGAGGAGACCCACAACUAUGUCGAGCAAGUCGACGCGUUGCAAGCAAAGCUACAGUAUCUGGCCCGACAAUCUUCUGACUCUGCAAGAAAAGCGGCUCAGGAGGCACCCGCCGGUAGCAUGGAGAAGAAACUGGCGGAAAAGGACCAACAAAUAGCUGGACUCAUGGAAGAGGGCAAGAACCUGGCUAGCACGGAACAGAAGCUUCGCGCCAUCAUCAAGAGCCUGCGAUCGAAGAUAGGCGACAAUGAGAAGGAGAUCAACAAUGUCAAGACCUCGAAGGGCAAGGUCGAACAGGAACUGGAGGCCGUGCGUAGGAAGUCCCGGCGCGCCGACGACCUAGAAAAGUACCAAGAGGAGUUACAUAAACGCAUUGGGCAAUCCCAAAAGGAGAUCGACGCGCUCAAAUCCGAAGGAUCCAAUAAGGACAGGACUAUUGCUGAUCUGAAAGCGCAACUGCAAAAGUCAGCCGAGGAUAAGGAGGCGCUCUCCAAGAAGGUCAACGAAGAGGCACUGGCCAAGGAGAGAAAGAAGGUCCGAGACUUGGAAGAGCAAGUUUCCGAUUUCAAGGUGGAGAAGGACCUGAUGAUCGAUCGCAGCAAAGCGCGAGAGAAUGAGCUGCAGGAGAAGGCCGAACGAGCCGCGGAGCGCGCGCGUGCUGUUGAAGUUGAAUUAAAGGCCGAGAUACAGGUGAUGGAGAGCAAGAUGGAAUCUAUGAGGGUCAUGGCGGAAGAGGUCUCCUCGGGUGCCAUGGGCGACUCUCAAGCUAAGUUGCUGCGACAAGUCGAGACACUCCAGACACAGUACGCCAUCGCAACCGAGAACUGGCAAGGGAUUGAGAGCACACUACUUGCCCGUAUAUCUAAUCUGGAGAAGGAAAGGGACGAGGCCCAACACCGAGAGUCGGAGAUGAGAAAGAAGGCUCGUGAAGCCGCUCUCCGUGCUAAACGCCACGAGGAAGAACUUGAGGAUACCAAGACGCAGCUCCCUACAAUACAGGAGAGUGUCAAAAAUUACGAGUCGCAGAUAGAGGCCCUGAAGACGAGAGCCGAAGAGGCCGAUACUGCCUUGGCUAUCGUAAAAGCAGAGCUCGAACAGCAAAAGGCUGCUUGGUCAGAGGCGAAGACUGCCAAAGAGCAGGAUAGACCAGGCCAGUGGAUAGACGACCCGCCAGCGCCAUCGUUCAGAGGCGGCAGCAGACCAGAAUCCCCUGCUAUUUCCAUGCCGGCGAGAAGCUACAGCACCGAGCUGCUUGGGUUCGGAUCACUGUCGAACAAGUUCCGCAAGCACUCGGCGCCAUCCAGCAACGGUGAUCCUGUGGAACGCUAUACUUCACGAAGGACAUCGGUGCAGCCUUCAAGCAGGCCAUCCAUUCAUACCGCGAACUCUAACACGCUCCCUCCAAUACUCAGCCCCACAAUUGAAGCGUUGCCGGCAGCACCGUCAAUACACCCACUUGAGAGGCAAGACACCUACGACAGCGCCGAGCUGUCCUCGUCGCCAAAGCAGAUCGUCCAGGACAUGGUGUCGGUCUCGACAGUCGCGGCAGGGCCAUCGGUGCAGCUGGUCGAGAAGCUCAGCGCGGCGAUCCGCCGGCUCGAGACGGAGAAGGUGGCGGCGAAGGAGGAGCUGACGCGGAUAUCGAGCCAGCGGGACGAGGCCCGGGCGGAGAUCGUGGCGCUCAUGAGGGAGACGGAGAACGGCAAGAAGGCGGCCGAGGAGGUGACGCGGCUGCGGGCCGAGGUGGCCGAGGUCAACGAGCGCUACGAGACGACGCUGGAGCUGCUGGGCGAGAAGAGCGAGGCGGUGGAGGAGCUCAAGGCAGACGUGGAGGACGUCAAGGCCAUGUAUAGGGACCUUGUCGAGAGGACGAUCAAAUGA